ACCAACCUCAUCAUGGACAAGUAAAUUUUUGACACGUGUACUACCUGUUGCAGACUGGCGUAACUGCUACCUCCUCAAUCUUCACCGGGAAGGGUGGCAUCUUCUGGAUCCAACCAGAGACGGCCGACACCGAGGAUCGCUAACAUGGGCAACGCUCAGUCACCGUCCGCCGACCCGCGCUUCGUCACCGCGAGCCGGGCUUUUACGAAUCAGGAGCUGGAGGAUCUUAGAUCCCUCUUCGUGUCCCUGGCCGCCCAAUCCCAGAGCCACGGCAAGUUCGUCAGCCCAUCCGUCUUCCAGGCGUAUUUUGGGAUUGAUGGGAUGCUGGGCGAUAGGAUGUUUGAUUUAGUUACUCAGAAUCGUAACGAUGGCAUGCUCACUUUUGAGGAUCUCGUAAUCUCCAAAGGAACAUAUGAGAAAGGAACUCGAGAUGAAAUUGAGGAAUUUAUACGUGACCUGUGUGAUGUUGCAGGGGAUGGUGUCUUGGGAAGGUCUGAUUUGGAAGCUGUUUUGAAGUCCAUACAUAAAGCUAUAUUUUCUCCAAAAAUUGAUGAAAAUGGCUUGAACUCCCAUGAAAAUGUUUUGGAAGUAUUUCUCAAUGCAUCAACAUAUUCAAAGAAAGGUGAAGGAACAGCAGAGAACGGUAUGUCUUCAGCAGAUUUUAGAAAUUGGUGUAGCCUUCUGCCAUCUGUGAGGAAGUUUCUUGGGAGUUUGCUGAUGCCACCUGAUUCAGGCAGACCAGGUUUUCAAGUUCCACAUCUACAACAUCCAGAAAAUUUAACGUCCGAUUUGCUAAUAUUAAGGAAAGAAUAUGCUUGGCACAUUGGAGGAGCCCUUUCUCAACAUGAGGUGGAGGAAUGGAAGCUUUUGUACCACAGUUCAAUUAAUGGCCUAAGCUUCAACACAUUCUUGGGAAAUAUAUCGAAUGGAGAUGGACCAACUGUGUUGAUCAUCAGAGAUGCUGAAGGUUUUGUAUAUGGAGGAUAUGCCUCCCACCCAUGGGAUAGGCGAAGCGAUUUUUAUGGUGAUAUGAAAUCGUUCCUCUUCCAGCUAUAUCCUCAAGCAUCCAUUUUCCGCCCUACAGGAGCAAACAAUAAUUUGCAAUGGUGUGCUGUGAAUUUCAGUUCGGAGAGCAUCCCCAAUGGCAUUGGCUUUGGUGGGCGGGCAAAUCACUUUGGUCUCUUUCUGUCUGCAAGCUUUGAUCAAGGGCACACAUUCUCCUGCACGACUUUCAACAGCCCCUGCCUCUCUAAGACAAACAGAAUACGACCAGAAGUAAUUGAAUGCUGGGGAGUCCUAUUGAAGGGAGUUCAAAAUGAAAGGCCGGAUCUUGUUAAAGGUACAGUUCUUGAGAGAUUUAAGGAGGACCGGAACAUGCUUAAGAUGGUAGGCCUUGCUAGUUCCAGCGACUGAAUAUGCCAAGGGGGCAUCUUAUAAAGGGUUUAAUUCAGGUUCAUUACAGAUGGUCGAUGGGGCUCAUAGAUGCUACAUCAGCCGCUUCAGGUUUGAAGCAGAGGUUAGGGCAAUACGAGGUGGAAAAGGUGGCGAUGAGCUAUUUGAUCCUGGAGGCUUUAUGAUUUAUGUUAGAGACCAGAGAGGAGGUGUACAUUGAUAAUUUCUAUAAUGACUUGUUAUCAUGUAAGUUAGGAGAUUAUGACAGCUCGACAGGAUACGGGAAGUUUAUUGGUCUAUGCUGUAGCGGAAGGCUUUCUUGUUUCUUGUGUACAUGUUAGUCUACUUGUCUGGUUGUAUUGCUGAUGUCUCCAUCUUGGGUGGUGGAUGUGAUCAGUCAAAUGUUCCAUGGAAAAUUGCUUGUAAGACAUAAUUGAAGUAGUGAUUUUGAGUUCCUUUAUCA